AGAGAGGGGAAGUUAAAGAACCAAAAGAAAACUCAUCAGAGAAAGAACAACAAUGGCUUCUUCCAUCAAGCUCGAGCUUGCCCUCUUCUUCCUCGCUUCUUCCCUGGUUCUCCGGAUGGGAGCGGCGGGGUGCAACGGGAAAGACGUGUGCUCGCCGUUCGAGAUGCCGCCGUGCGGCGACGGCAACGGCUGCCGGUGCGUCCCCUGGGGGCUGUUCGUCGGCCAGUGCAUCCACCCCACUUCGUUCCCCCUCCCGGCGGUGGCGGAGAAGAUCGGGGCCCACCCCAACCUGUGCCUCUCCGACGCGGAGUGCCUCAAGAAGGGGAGCGGCAACCACUGCGCCCGCUUCCCCAACCCGGGCGUCUCCCACGGGUGGUGCAUCGACUCCUCCGUCGCGCCCAAUGGUCUCCUGAAGAUGGUCACCGACAACUGAACUGAUUCACUGCCUGCCAUGCUUAAUGCUUAAUCAUCGUCAUCCGGUGAUGAUUAAUGAAGUUUAAUUAGGUUAAAUAAAUCGAAGAGCUGCAGUUUUAAUAAGAUUAAUAAUUGGUAGUUAAUUGUGGGCGUGUUAAUUAUUAAGUUCAGUUUGAUGGUCAUGCAACUUAUUAACUGUGGUGUGGUUUGAGCUGUUUGAUCAUUUCAAUAAUGCAUAAUGCAUCUAUGUUUUCCAUUUCACUUUCCCUCUUUUUUAUUUACAAUAUACAUUUUGUUAGACAAUAAUACUAAUAUUACUUC